GGGAAAGCAAAAUACCACGCUCAAGUUGUUGAUGACCAUUGUAAACAAGAAAGUUAUGUUGGAGUCUGAGGAAAUGAAAUUGAAGAUAAUAGAAGCAGCAAUGUCUAAUCUUCAACCACCUUCAGGCAGAAUUUUUUUAAACCGAAUUUCGAAUAAUAUGCCUGAAUUUGUAAGAAAUAAUAAGAUGUAUUUUACUUCUUUAUAUAAACAAUUGGGAAAAACAAAACCACUUACAAAAAAGAAAAGAACCAAUUUUAAAAUUCCCCGAACAUACUUUGACUUUCUUAUGUGUGAAGAUGAACAGUUUCAAGAAAUAAUUCAUGUUACAAGAAAGACUUCCAAGAUCCUUAUUGAGCGUAUGAGAGGUAUUUCUGUAGAUAUGAACUGUAAUUUAGAACUUAAUGGAUUAUCACAAAAUAAUGAGUCAAUUGACAAGAUGUUAUUUCUACUAUUGUGGUAUUUAAGAAAUGAAGAUGCAAAAAUGGAUGAUGCCGUUGGUAUGUUUGAACUAGGUACCAUUGAAAAUGCUAAUAAGUUAUUUAAUCAGGGGCUUGUCUAUAUUUUGAAAUUGAAAAGUGACGCUGGACUUCUUUGGCCGACUGCUAAAGAGUUUACUCGUUCAGCAUCAUGCAUCCGGAGAAGAUUUUAUUUUCCUGAUGUUGCCGCAGUGAUGGGUCAUCAUAUCUUUAGACGGAAAAAUGGUCAGAGAUUGAUGCUACAAACAGUUUGUAACGAAAAACAUAUGUUUGUUGAUACAUGUAUCUCAUUCGAUACUAGAUCUAGAGUAGUAUUCAAACAAAGUGUAGUCAAGAAUAAGAUUCAAGAUCUUAAUAAUGGGUUAGUUAUUAUUUCUGAAGAUUUCAAUGUUCCUAAAAAAUACAAGAAGAAUAUAAUAGUGCCUUAUAACGAUGGGUCGGAUGUAACACUCUCUCAGAAGCAACUUUAUAAUAUUAUGCAUGAAUCUGUAAUAGGUAUAUUGACAGAAACAUUUGAUUACUUGCUUAAAAGAUUUCCGAAACUGAAAUCUCUUGACAGGGAUUUCACAUUGAAGGAAAGUUUCUGGUUUGCAGUGACUUCUUUUACACCACAGGGUGGAGGUGAAGCCCCUAAGUCCCUUUCUGCAAGGACUCUUGUAGCUGCCUAUUGGCUUUUUGUGGUUCUUAUGCUAGCGACAUUUACGGCUAAUCUAGCAGCUUUUCUAACUGUAGAACGGAUGCAAUCUCCAGUACAAUCCUUAAAGCACUUGGCCCGACAGUCAAGAAUUAACUACACAGUUGUCAAAAAUUCAGAUGCCCAUAACUAUUUUAGAAAUAUGAAAUUUGCUGAGGAAACACUAUACAAGUACUGGAAGGAAAUAACUUUGAACAGCUCUAGUGACCAGUCUCAGUUCAGAGUUUGGGAUUACCCUAUCAAAGAACAAUAUGGACACAUUCUUAAUGCCAUUGAAAAAGCUGGUCCAGUUGAAAAUCUUCAAGAAGGGCUAAGAAAAGUAAUAGAAAGUGAACAAGCUGAAUUUGCAUUGAUACAUGAUCUGUUAGAACUGAAAUAUCAUGUAUUUAAGAACUGCAACCUCACGUUGAUUGGGGAACCAUUUGCUGAACAGCCAUAUGCUGUCGCUGUGCAACAAGGAUCACAUCUUAAUGAAGAAAUUAGCCGUAGAAUUUUAGAUCUACAAAGAGAAAGGUUUUUUGAAGCUACUGCUUCAAAAUAUUGGAAUUCGACAAUCAAAUCAAAAUGUGACAAUGUUGACGAAGAUGAAGGAAUCACAUUAGAAAGUUUGGGUGGUGUUUUCAUCGCAACACUAGUUGGCCUUUUCAUAGCACUGCUAACGCUUGGAGCAGAAGUUUGGUAUCAUAAAAAGAAGUCUAAAAACCAAGUAACUACCAAAGGCCAAAUGCAACUUCAAUCGAUAAUUAGAGAUGAAAUUUUCACAACAAAAGAAUUCGGCCAUCACAACUUCGCUAACAGAAAGGCAUCUCUGUUGAAUACUAAACCCAAAGUUAAACAAAUAACAGUCUAUCCAAGAGGACAGCUUUACUAAUCAUUUAUUUUAAAAAGAAGCAGACAUUUUAGAUGUUAUUUCAAUAAAUAUCUUUUGAUUAAUU